AUGCGUCUCACUAUCCUCCCCGUGUUCUUCCUCGCCUCCAAAGUCCUUUGCGAUGGCCAAGCAAUCGUAGAUGCCAUUUCAGAAAUCUCAAAUACAACCACCUCUCUCAACCAAACCGUUUCUAGUUGGUCCGGCAGCCUUCUAACCUCCUUCCCCAUCGUCACCCUCUCCGCCAAACUCCUCAUCGACAUCAACACCGGCACCUGGGUCGCUUCCUCCUCCGCAAAUCUCACCCUCAUUGAAACCAUCACCAUUGCCACCGCGACGCAAAAUCUCGUCACAGUCGUAGAGGGAACUCUCGAUACGAUCGUAUCUGCCAAACCAAAAUUUGAUAAACUACUUUUCAGUCCGCUUAUCUUGUUAAAUCUGGUGGAGGAGAAGAGUGCGACAGACAGUUUCAGCGCGAAGAUCAUUGAGAAGAUUCCGGCAGCUUUUCAGGAAACGGCGAGAACUAUUGUGGCGCCUGUUGAUACGGCGUUUGAUGCGGCUAUUUCGGAUUAUAAGUUGUUAUGA